AUGUUGCGUCGUUGUGGUGUCUGUCGUCGCACGGCUUUUGUGACAGAUGUAGAGGGUGACCUAUCGUACUUCAUUCGCUACGCUGAGCAAAGCAGAGUCUUGUCGUGGAUCAACGGACGUCUCGAAUUCCGUGACGAGACGUCCCACUUUGUGUACGGCGGGGACGCCUUUGAUCAUGGCGACGACAUCGCGUUUGCCAAAACGCUGUUGGACUUUCGUGAUGCCUACCCAUCACGUGUGCAUCUUAUUUUGGGUAAUCGUGACAUCAACAAGAUGACGUUUGGUGCUCCAAUGGCAAAGGUCUUUGGUACGUCACAAUUGUCGCCCGAAGCGGCGCAACGAUUAGUUUUCCCAUUGACUUUGACCAAUGCUUCUGGUGGCAAAGAAUGGUAUUCGUAUGCGGGGUAUUUGGAAGCAAAUAACCUGCCAUCAGUGGUGACCAAAGUAACAUUUAUUCAAUGGACGCUAGCGUACAAAAUGGGAGCCCCUAAUACCUUUGAGCACAGGCGAAGGGAAUUGCAAAUUAUGCGGAAAGGAGAAGGGGAAGUGACGGAUGUUGAGGUGGCGCAAAGUUUUCUUGACGCUGCCUGUCCUGGAGGUGUAUAUUAUGAGUAUUUAAAGCAAGGAAAGAUUGCUGAAGUUUUGGAUGGAGUUUUAUUUGUUCAUGGAAGCAUUGUGGAUCAGAAUUUUGGGAUUCUCCCAGACAAGGAGGUUUUUGUGGAUGGUGCACCCUUAAAACGGUGCAACGUUAGUAUGAAAGACGCUACGGCCGAGGAGUGGCUUGGUGCCUUGAAUGGCUUUAAGGAUGAGGAGUUUAGACAAUGGGCGUCAGGUGGUGAUGGGAUGCUCUUGCGUCAAUAUGCCUUUCCUGUUUCCAUUGUUCCACAUUCUGUUGUGGUUCACGCUCUUGUUGAGACUGAUGGUCCUCAUUACUUGGGACUUGACGCGGUGGAGUUUCUGAAUAGCAGUGGGAUAUCGAUUGUUUGCGGUGGCCACAAGCCUUCGGGAGACACCCCAAGCAUUGUGCAGCAGCCUGGUCUGUUGCGCCUGGCGGCCGAUAAUUCAUAUUGCGCAGGGGAUGGCACUCGCGGGGAGUCUGUUGUGGAAGUCCUGUUGGAAGAGGACGGUGCCCUAUGCAUCCAUGGACGGCGUGCGGAUGGUACGUCGUAUGGGUUCCUUGCCACAGAGGCGCCGCUGGGCCGUCACCUGGGCGACGGAUGGUGGGUCAAGGCAAAGGUGGGGGAGGAUAGUUUUGAGGCGCAGCGCACCCGUGAUGCGUAUCGAACGAGGGACGCCCAGGCCCUCACGGCGGAGGAGGUAGAGGCUCGUCUUCGCCAGUGGCGUGAACCCCCUGUAGGGGGAAAUGUCCCUGAGCGAUGGAGCAAGCAGCGGCUCGAUCAAAAGCCGCGGGUGGUGAAAGUCAAACGAACUGGUGGGGGGCUGGGAAAAAGUGGGACGGUCCCGCCCCCAAAAAAAACUGUUUGA